AACAGUAAGGAUUGUUCUCAAACACAAUGUACAGGGGGUCCUCCGUUUACCGUGUCGAUCCGUUCCUACGCGUCAAUGUAAACCGAUUAGAUUAGCUACCACUUUUGUUCAUGUGAGCAGUCCACUUUGCACCCAUUUGUUUAUGUGCAAACCUAAAGUAAACCAGGCUCUUACUGUUCCAUACACUGAAUGUAGUCUAUAUAUUUACACUAUAUUUAGUGUUCUAUGCACCUCUAAUUAACAUGAACUUUCUUUUACUUCAGAUAUUUGGCAUCCUCAAGGUUCCUUUCCAGGACCGUAGUGGAGGAGAGGGGCCUCUGCUCCGUCUGGAGGAGUUGGCUGACCAAAAGAACGCUCCAUACCAGUACAUGUUCCGACUCUGCUACCGUGUCCUGCGACAUUCCCAGGAGGACUACCGCAAGAACCAGGAGUACAUCGCCAAGCAGUUUGGCCUGAUGCAGGGUCAGAUCGGCUAUGACAUCCUGGCAGAGGACACAAUCACCGCACUAUUACAUAACAACCGCAAGCUGCUGGAGAAGCAUAUCACCAAGACCGAAGUGGAGACCUUUGUUAACCUAGUCCGAAAGAACCGUGAGCCCCGUUUUUUGGACUACCUAUCGGACUUGUGUGUCUCCAACAACGUGGCCAUCCCCGUCACUCAGGAACUCAUCUGCAAGUGUGUGCUUGAACCCAAAAACCAGGACAUCCUCAUCAAGACAGAACGGCGGGUGCCUAAAGAUGUGGCCCCUGUUGAAAUCCCCACGCAGCAUAUGGAAAUCGACGACUAUGUAGAUGAAGAUGAGGUGUGGCUGGUGUGGGCCGACAAGGUCAAUGAGAAGCAGGAGAAGAGCAUAAGGCAGCUUGCUCAGGAGGCCGGUCAAGGCAAUGCCCAUGACGAGAACGUACUUACCUACUACAGGUACCAGCUGAAGCUAUUUGCCAGAAUGUGUUUGGACCGCCAGUACCUGGCCAUUGACGAAAUCUCCAAGCAGCUGGAUGUGGAGCUCAUCUUCCUGUGCAUGAUGGAUGAGACGCUACCAUUUGAUCUGCGAGCAUCCUUCUGUCGACUGAUGCUGCACGCUCACGUGGAUCGAGAUCCGCAGGAAUUAGUCACACCUGUCAAGUUUGCUCGACUUUGGACUGAGAUCCCCACUUCCAUCACUAUCAAAGAUUACGACUCUAACAUGGAUGACAGCAGAGACAACAAGAAGAAUCGCUUUGCCAACACCAUGGUCUUCAUGGAGGAAUAUCUCAACAAUGUGUUGAACGAGGAGCUGCCCUUUUACAAUGAGGAGAAGAACAAGCUUACCUACGAGGUGGUGAGUUUGGCACGGCAUCUUAUCUACUUUGGUUUCUACAGUUUCUUUGAGCUGCUGCGACUCACCAGAACACUGCUGGGCAUCAUCGACUGUGGACCCAACCCUUCCCACAGCAUCUUGCCGAUGCAUGACGAAGGAUCAGGAAAAAAUGUGAAACGCUCCAUCCAUGGCAUGGGACAGAUGAUGACAACCAUGGUCCUCAAUAGGAAGCAGUCCUUAUUUGGUGGGACAGUGGGCCGCGGUGUGGGGCUUGCGCUUGAUGGACAGCGAGUGACCAAAGACAGCAUCGACAAUAUGGGUCUUACAGUAAUGGACACAAAGCUGAAGAUUCUGGAAAUCUUGCAGUUCAUCCUGAAUGUGCGUCUGGACUACCGCCUGUCCUUCUUGCUGUCCAUCUUCAAGAAGCAAUUUGUGGAUGUCUACCCGCUGGCUGAUGCUGAUGCUACCACCAGUUUAGAGCACACAGCUGCCAUCAACCUACAGCACAUUGGAGAGCAGGCUGAGGCAAUGUUUGGAGUUGGAAAGGGGAACAGCAUUCUUGAGGUGGACGACGAAGGCGGCCGCAUGUUCCUGCGUGUCCUGAUCCACCUCACUAUGCACAAGUACCCGCCACUGGUUUCUGGAGCUCUGCAGCUGCUUUUUAGACACUUCAGCCAGAGGCAGGAAGUGCUGCAUACCUUCAAGCAGGUCCAACUACUCAUCUCAGCUCAGGAUGUGGAGAACUACAAGCUGAUAAAAUCAGAUCUGGAUCGUCUGAGGACGUUGGUGGAAAAGUCUGAACUGUGGAUAGAGAAGAAGAUGUCUGGAGGCGGAGACAGCAAGAAGGAAAAGAAAGACAAGAAAAACAGAUUGGAGGGUGCAUCGGAGGACAGCACCCCCAAGAAGGAAAAAGGGGGGAAGAACAACGAGAACUAUCAGAACGUCAAAGAGAUCUUGGAGAGACUGAACAAAAUGUGUAGCAGUGGCGUAUGGAAGAAGCAGCAGAGGUUGCUGAAGAACAUGGGCGCUCAUAAAGUCAUGCUGGACUUGCUGCAGGUAUCGUACGACCAGAAUGACGUGAAGAUGCGAGAGAUCAUCAGAUACACUCAUCUUUUCCUGCAGAAGUUCUGCAUGGGCAACCAAGAGAACCAGGCUCUGUUGCACAAGAACCUCAGUCUCUUCCUUAAUCCAGGGGUACUGCUGGAGGCGGAAACUGUGCAGCACAUCUUUAGCAACAACUACCAGCUAUGCACGGAGAUAUCGGAAAGCGUCUUGCAGCAUUUCAUCCACUGCUUGGCCACACAUGGACGCCAUGUGCACUACCUCAACUUCCUGCACACCAUCAUCAAGGCUGAGGGCAAGUACGUCAAGAAGUGCCAGGACAUGGUCAUGACCGAGCUGACCAAUGCUGGCGAAGACAUAGUUGUCUUCUACAAUGACAAGGCUUCCUUCAAUGUCAUGCUGGAGCUGAUGGCUGAGAGCAGGGAGGGCAUUAGUGAAAAGAGCCCGCUCAGGUACCACAUCUCGCUGGUGGAGCUGCUGGCAGCAUGCGCUGAGGGCAAGAAUGUCUACACGGAGAUUAAGUGCACAUCCCUGCUACCACUGGAAGACAUUGUCCGUGUGGUAACGCAUGAGGACUGCAUCACCGAGGUGAAAGUUGCUUACGUCAACUUUGUCAAUCAUUGCUACGUGGAUACAGAGGUAGAGAUGAAGGAGAUCUACACAUCCAACCACAUCUGGAAGCUCUUUGAGGACUUCACAGUUGACAUGGCCCAAGUGUGCAACAAGCGAGACAAGCGACUUUCCGAUCCAGUCUUGGAAAAGUAUAUAAUCAAUGUGGUCUUUGACACCAUCAACGCUUUUUUCAGCUCACCCUUCUCUGAAAACAGCACCUCGCUGCAGAGUCAUCAUUCCAUCGUCACACAGCUGCUGCAAUCAUCCGUGCGCCUGCUGGACUGUCCCUGGUUGCAGCAGCAGCAUCAAAGCCAAGUUGAGACCUGCAUCAAGACCCUUGCAAUCACAGCCAAGAGUCGCUCCAUCACUCUUCCUCUGGACUUGGAGACUCAGAUUAGCGCCAUGUUGUCCACCAGCGCUCUUAACUCACUGUCGCGCUCCCACACCAGCUUCAAGUCGACAUUGCGCUCUUUACGCCCUGUUGCCCCCAGCAACCCUUGGGACUACAAGAAUAUCAUAGAGAAACUGCAGGACGUCAUCAAUACCCUGGAGGAGCGCCUCAUGCCACUCGUCAACGCAGAGCUCUCCGUGCUAGUCGACGUCCUCCACCAACCAGAGCUUCUCUUUCUGGAGGGAACAGACGUACGCCAGCGCUGUGAGUCCGGUGGAUUCAUAUCCAAGCUGAUCCACCACACAAAGACACUGAUGUCUUCAGAUGAGAAGUUAUGCAUCAAAGUUCUAAAGACACUACAGGAGAUGUUAAUCAGAACACUGGACUUUGAUGAAAAGGGAAUUUUGUUGCGGAAGGUUCUACUGCACAACUACUUGUUUCCAAACAAGAACAACCUGAAGAAUGACCUGAUAGAACUUGGAUUGGCAGGCGGUGAUCAAGAGCAUGACUGGGCGGCAGUAGCAGUGGUUCAGUGUCGUCUGGACCGAGAAGGUGGGAGCAAACUUUUCACAGACCUGGUUAUGAGCACCAAGAAUGACAAAAUCUUCCAGGAGAGUAUCCAGCUGGCCAUUUGUCUGCUGGAGGGAGGAAACACAGAAAUACAGAACUCAUUCUACAAGCUGAUGAUGGGGGAUAACAAGUCGGAAAAAUUCUUCAAAGUUCUCCACGACAGGAUGAAAGAGGCUCAGAUGGAUAUUAAAGCCACCGUUUCGGUCAACGUUGGCGAGAUGUCACACAAAGCCAACGAAAAGGAGCUUGAAAAUGGCUCUUCUUCACCACUUGGACUUUGUAUUACUGACGGACAUUCCCUACUGGUCCAGAGCCAAGGUGGCAGCCCAUCCUCUCUGCAGGCACAGUCAAUAGCGGAGCAGAAAGAGAUAGAGACAGAAAUGGGCCCGGCUGUUCUUAUGAUGAAGCCCAUCCUGAGGUUUCUACAGCUUCUUUGCGAGAACCACAAUCAGGAUCUACAAAACUUCCUGCGCUGUCAGAACAACAAGACAAAUUACAACCUAGUGUGUGAGACGCUGCAAUUCUUGGACAUCAUGUGUGGAAGCACCACGGGUGGCCUGGGCCUGCUGGGACUCUACAUCAAUGAGUCAAAUGUCCACCUCAUCACGCAAACUCUGGAGACCCUCACGGAGUACUGUCAGGGCCCGUGUCAGGAGAACCAGACAUGCAUCGUGACGCACGAAUGUAAUGGCAUCGACAUCAUCACGGCACUCAUCCUCAAUGACAUCAGCCCGCUCUGCCGUUACCGGACAGAUAUGGUGCUGCAGCUCAAGGACAACGCCUCUAAGCUGCUGCUGGCGCUCAUGGAAAGUCGCCAUGACAGUGAGAAUGCAGAGAGGAUUCUCUUCAACCUCCGUCCUCGAGAACUGGUGGACAUGAUCAAGAAGGCCUACCAUCAGGAGAGUGAAUGUGAGGGUGGAGAGGUGUCACCUCGUGAGGUGGGACACAACAUCUAUAUCCUGGGCCAGCAGCUGGCCCGACACAACAAGGUGUUGCAGAACCUUCUGAAACCUCCAAAGAAGAGCAAAGAGGGCGAGGAAGGCAUCUCCUCCAUGUUAAACUUGAACAAUCGUCCGCUGUCGCAAAUGUUGAAGUCAUCAAUACCAACUGCUGUUUUGGAACAAGACCCGCUGGAGUAUUAUGACAUGCUCACUGCUCAAAUAGAGAUUGUGCGAGAGGAUCGCAUCAUGGAGCAGAUCGUGUUUCCCGUCCAUCCCAUCUGUGAAUUCCUAACAGAGGAAUCCAAGAUACGUGUGUUCAAUACGACGGAACAGGAUGAGCAGGGCUCCAAGGUGACACACUUCUUCGAGCAGACAGCCUUUCUGCAUGGAGAGAUGGAGUGGCAAAAGAAGCUACGGAGCAUCCCAGUGCUCUAUUGGUUCUCCAGAAGAAUGACACUGUGGGGCACCAUUUCCUUCAACCUUGCUGUCUUCAUCAACCUCAUCAUCGCCUUCUUCUACCCAUAUGAUUCAGGACAAGCUGGAGCCAUCGAUGACUCUCUGCUAUUGAUGCUGUUCUGGGUUCUGACCGGGCUUUCCAUGCUGGCCUUGCUCUCUCAGCGCUAUGGCCUCCAGCCGCUGACUUUAGCGCUCAUCCUGAGGUCUAUCUACCACCUGGGUAUCGGGAACACACUCAUCCUUCUAGGCACGCUCAAUCUGCUCAACAAGGUGGUGUUUGUGGUGAGCUUUGUGGGAAACAAUGGAACAUUCAUCAUGGGCUACAAGGCCAUGGUGAUGGACAUGGAGUUCCUGUACCAUUUGGGUUAUGUCCUCACCUCCACGUUGGGCCUCUUUGUGCACGAACUAUUCUACAGCAUCCUGCUCUUUGACCUGAUUUACCGUGAGGAGACGCUGUUCAAUGUGAUCAAAAGCGUGACACGCAACGGACGGUCCAUCCUAUUGACUGCGCUACUUGCCCUCAUCCUUGUCUACCUCUUCUCCAUUGUGGGUUUUCUGUGCCUCAAGGAAGACUUCAUAAUGGAGGUCGACCCGCUGCCACAGCUUGUUCCAGCUCCUCAGCAGAGAAACACUGCACAGGACUUCCUCAAGUCAUGUUCCACAGAUGGCAUCCACUGUAUGGCGGAGGAGGACGGUGUGGCUGAGAGUAAAGACAAUGGCGAGUCAAGCAGUGAGCGGGCCUGUGACACGCUGCUGAUGUGUAUCGUGACGGUGUUGAAUCAUGGCCUGAGGAAUGGUGGUGGAGUGGGUGAUGUCCUCCGCCAGCCCUCCAAAAAUGAGCCGCUGUUUCCUGCCCGUGUGGUCUAUGACUUGUUGUUCUACUUCAUCGUCAUCAUCAUUGUCCUUAACCUCAUCUUCGGAGUCAUCAUUGACACCUUUGCUGACCUGAGGAGCGAGAAGCAGAAGAAGGAGGAGAUCCUGAAGACCACCUGUUUCAUCUGCUGUCUGGAGCGAGAUAAGUUUGACAACAAGACUGUAUCGUUCGAGGAGCACAUCAAGCUGGAGCACAACAUCUGGAACUACUUGUACUUCAUCGUUCUGGUGCGUGAGAAGAACAAAACAGACUACACCGGGCCUGAGAGCUACGUGGCUAAGAUGAUCAAGAACAACAACCUGGAUUGGUUUCCCCGCAUGCAGGCCAUGUCGCUGGUGGUCAACGAUGACGAUGGAGAGCAGAACGAGAUGAGGAUGCUGCAGGACAAGCUUAGCUCCACCAUGAAAGUAGUGAUGGCACUCACUAUGCAGCUUACAGAUCUCAAAGAGCAGAUGACCGAGCAGAGGAAGAGGAAACAGAGGAUGGGAUUUGUGGAUGUUCAACAGGGCGGCAUUUCUUCGCUUCCUCCCAGUGCCGUUGGAGGGAACCACCAGCAGCUGUAAAAUAAAUAAAAAUCAACUACCACAAAAUUUAAUGAAUCUAGGUAUACACUUGGGCAAGAAAGCAGCAGCAGAAGAAUAUACUUAAAAUACUGAGUACUGAAUCAUUUUACUGAGUUUUUUGUGACUAUUUUCUUAAAAUUUGUGCUUUCAACACGCAUCAAUAUUAACCACAUUGUGAUUCUGUUUAUCCUCAUUUAUGACAUUGAUAUCAGUGAUUUAAAAUAUUGGGAGUUAAUCAUUAAAAUGCUACAGACAGAUUACUUAAAAGUUUAACUCUACUAUAUGGUGUACUACACUGUCCUACUGUGUAUAAUUUACUGUCACUAUGCUUUGCUCUUAUACUGCUAAAUAUAUUGACAACAAACACACCUGUCUCCAUGGGGAGGCUAUUGCCCACCAAUAUUCUUGUGCCGUCUUUCCCACACAAGGCAUGAAUCUCUAAAAUAUUAACUUUUUUCUGUAUUUAAUUAUAUCAUAUUAGUAGCUAUUGUUGUGUGAAGAAAUACUACUGCUGAGUUCUUUAUUAGUAAGAUAUUAAAAUCUAAAGAAACAAGGUU